AGACAAGAGAGCUUGGGGUGUGAAGGAAAUGACACACCGCACGAGGGUCCGAGGAGACCUCAAAUGUGAUCCCAGCUCACAUGUACAGGCUACAAAGGAUACAGGCAUUAACAGUAGCGCCCAGAGUUUUUGGCGUUCGUCGAUCCCUGUUCAAUCACACAGUGAGACUCUCAUCUCCCCGCUCGCAAAAAAAGAAACGUCGUGACAUUGGACUUGGGCCGUGGUCACGAUUGCAUGAAGCCUGAAAAAGGGCUGAAUUGAGAGGAAAUGACACUACCGCGUGGGCCAGGCCAGACCAGACCAGGUCCACGGAACGAUAGCGACAGCUUAGCAAUUGACUUCGCAAACAAUACACACGCCCUUGGGCUCGGAUCGCCGCUGGUGGUCAGCCAGUCCAGUCUAAAUUUAUAUGUGGCCCUUCCUCGCCUCUUUCUUCUCGAUUAUCUCUCUCUCAACCUCGCUCCCACUUCUCAAUUCCCUCAACGGGUCUUAACCCCAUAUAUAUCCUACAGAUCGACUCGAUCUGGCUCACCCUUUCAUCCUGAAGACCCUCUGAUCCUGAAGACCCAAGACCUUCAGUCGUCAUAGCUACCUCGACUACUUGUCCUAACUAGGAGAAAGUCUUGCUAGCGCUGCAUCACACCCCCGACCGACCGAGCGACAAUCCGACUCAGGGACCCACGGCACGUCUUGACGACUCAAAUACCCACGUUGUGCCAUUGCUGAUCAACCUUUUUGAUCUCCCCGUUCUUGCAUACCUACUCAAGAAUCUUAUUUCAUCUCCCUUUUCCCAUAGUCUUUUUUUUGAGCGUUGUCCUUUUUCCCCAUUUGACUUUGCUGUUGUUGUUCCAACAUGUCUCAACCAGGCAAGAAUUCUGCCAAGACGGCCUUGGAAAAGUUCAUCGGCGCCGAUCACACCGAACCCGAAGAGAAAGCGCCUUCAAUCUCCAAUGCCGACCUUUACAUCGAGGAGGAGCCUACAGUUGGUGAAUUUCUUCGAGAAAUCACACCCAGCGCCCGUGCUGUUGGAGAAUACUUUUACAACCUCUUCCCGUUCUUGUCAUGGGUUGGCAAGUACAAUUUGAUCUGGUUCAUUGGUGACUUGGUUGCUGGUAUCACUGUUGGUGCUGUCGUUGUUCCCCAGUCUAUGGCCUAUGCCCAGCUGGCACAGCUUCCCGUCGAGUAUGGAUUGUACUCAUCCUUCAUGGGUGUCUUGAUCUACUGGUUCUUUGCCACAUCCAAGGACAUCACCAUUGGUGUAAGUACUAUACAUGUCUAUUGACCAACUUUAACUGACUCUUCAGCCCGUCGCUGUCAUGUCCCAGGUCACAGGUAACAUCGUUCUCAAGGCUGCCGAUUCCUUGCCCGAUGUUCCUGGUCACGUUGUCGCCUCCGCCCUCGCGGUCAUCGUCGGCUCAAUCGUCACUUUCCUCGGUCUCGCUCGUCUCGGAUGGCUCGUUGAGUUUAUCCCUCUGCCUUCCAUCUGUGCUUUCAUGACUGGCUCCGGUGUCAACAUUAUCGCUGGUCAAGUCCCCAAGCUUAUGGGCAUCAAGGGUGUCAACACCCGUCAGGCAACCUACCGUGUGAUCAUUGACACCCUCAAGAACUUGGGUGGCAGCAAGCUCGAUGCUGCUAUUGGUCUGUCAGCCCUGACCAUGCUCUACCUGAUCCGUAUUUUCUGCAGCACCAUGGCCAAGAAGCAGCCCCAGCGCGCUAAGCUGUACUUCUUCAUUUCGACCCUGCGAACCGCCUUUGUCAUCCUGCUGUACGUUGGUAUCAGCGCGGGUAUGAACAUCAACCACCGCUCCAAGCCCCGCAUCAGCAUUGUCGGCGACGUCCCCAGUGGUUUCACUCACGCUGCUGUCCCCGAGAUCAACACCCCCAUCAUCAAGUCUUUCGUCUCUGAGCUUCCCGCCGCCGUCAUCGUUGUCCUGAUUGAGCACAUCUCCAUCUCCAAGUCUUUCGGUCGUGUCAACAACUACGUUAUCGACCCCUCUCAGGAACUCGUCGCCAUUGGUGUCAGCAACCUUCUCGGUCCCUUCCUUGGAGCUUACCCCGCUACUGGAUCUUUCUCCCGAACUGCCAUCAAGUCCAAGGCUGGUGUUCGAACUCCCUUCGCUGGUGUCAUUACUGCUAUUGUCGUCUUGCUUGCUCUCUACGCCCUUACUGCUGUCUUCUUCUACAUCCCUAACGCAGGUCUUGCCGGUGUCAUCAUCCACGCUGUCGGAGAUGUCAUCACUCCUCCCAAGGUUGUCUACCAGUUCUGGCGCGUCUCCCCCCUUGAGGUCAUCAUCUUUUUCGCUGGUGUACUCGUCACCAUCUUCAGCUCCAUUGAGAACGGUAUCUACACCACCAUCGCCAUGUCCGCUGCUGUCGUCGUCUUCCGUCUCUUCAAGACCCGUGGUCGCUUCCUCGGUGUUGUCCGUGUCCGAACCAUGAAGGCCAACGUCAGUGACGGUACCUCCAGCCCUGGAUCCGUUGACGAGGGUGAGGGUUCUCUCCGAGCUGGCUUCCUUCCUCUUGAUCACGGCAACGGUGCCAACCCCAAGGUCGUCGUCCGUACUCCUUACCCUGGAGUCUUCAUCUACCGAUUUGCCGAGGGCUUUAACUACCCCAACGCAUCUCACUACCUUAACCACCUCACCGAGACCAUCUUCAAGGAGUGCAGACGAACUAACCCUGCUCUUCUGGGCAAGCUUGGUGACCGUCCCUGGAACGACCGAGAGCCCCGCCACAUCAAGGCUGUUGAGAACGAUGAGCGACCCAUUCUGAAGGCUGUCGUCCUCGAUUUCUCCAGUGUCAACAACGUCGACGUUACUUCCAUUCAGGCUCUGAUUGAUGUUCGCAACCAACUUGACAAGUUCGCUGCUCCUGAGGUCGUUGACUGGCACUUCGCCAACAUCGAGAACCGAUGGACCAAGCGUGCUCUAGCUGCUGCUGGCUUCGGUUUCCGCACUCCCCGCACAAACCAUGAUGGUACCGGACAGUGGAAGGCCAUCUUCUCCAUUGCCGACCUCGGUGGUGACGACAGUGCUGCUACUGCUGCUGCUCUCGAUGAGAAGGCCAAGAGCGCCCCUGUCAAGCAGGACAUCGAGGCCGUCGACGAUUCUAUCAACAGCAUUGGCUCCGAGAAGGGUGUCUCAAGAGACCCAACUAGCGCUCGUCUCAUUGCCGUGCAGGGCCUCAACCGACCUUUCUUCCAUCUUGAUUUGCAGGAGGCCGUCGACGCUGCCGUUUCCGCCGCCGAGUUGAAGCAGCACUAAGUUGGCUAUUAUUACAUAUUAAUCGUUGUCUAUAUGGGUAUCAUGGUGUUUCAUGGAGUUUUAAUUCGUUAAAAGAUUUGUCAUGAUGGAAUCAAAUCGCCAUAGAGGUUGUGAGGCGAUGUGUCUAUACCCGAUUUAGUUUUUGAUGUUGAUCUAGUUCUAGUGUUUACAUAUGGGAAGAUGCCAAUGGUGAAGUUGUCCAUGGCUUAUGAAUGACAAUGACUUAUCACUUUUACAUGCAUG